AUGCCAAAUAACUACUUCGUGAUCUUCCUUCUUGUCGCCACCCUCAUCUCACAGUCAAUGUCAUCCACCUGCUACAACCCAGACGGCGCAGCCGAACACAAAGCAUACUACCAGUCAUGCAUCGCAAUCGACGGCGCGCGAGCAAUGUGCUGCGCACUCAGCCGUACGAACCCACUAGGCGGACUGAUGAUAGAUGGAUACGUUCGCGACACCUGUCUCUGGAACCGGCUUUACGAAAAUAUCGCGAAUAUCACCACCAAGGACGGGGAAAGUACUAUCUGGUUUAUUGAUACUCUGGUUGCUGAUGACCACUACUCAGACGUCGCAAAUGACUCCCUGUGA